UUUCAGUUUCUUUUCCGGAAUCUCUGAAGCUUCAACGUUUCUGAAGAAUUUCCUCUUCUCUUUUGUGUCUGCCUAGCUUUCCAAACAGAGCAGCUAUUUUAGCUGUUGAAAAGAUUCUGCAAACAGACUGAGAAGUAUGGCAGUGACUACUCGUUUGACAUGGAUCCAAGAAAAAAAACUGCAAACUGAGUUUGAGGGAAAGAAAUUAAUUCUUCUUUAUAAGGCUACUGUCCAUCAGUUUUCGUAUGAAAAUAUGCUGAAAAAAUGCCAGGAUCAAGGACCUACUGUAACAGUCAUUUAUAGUGGAAAUCAUAUUCUUGGAGCAUAUCUACAAGAGCUUUACCGGGAAAAAAGAAAAACCUCCAAUUUCCUUUUUAUUUUUCAAGGGACUAAGAUGCCAAAGUACAAAAUAGCAGUACAUGAUAUAAAUAAGUUGUUUUAUUGGUCUUCUGAAAUGAAUAUAAACCUAGACAAAAAAGUGAUGACUGUGGAUUCACAAAUCGCAAAAGUACUUGGACUAUCUCAAAAUUCUAUUUCCUUCCAGGAAUGUGAAGUUUUUCGAUGUGAAGAUAUAUUGAAUGAAAGGACAUUGCAAGGUGUCACUGAGUACAGAGAGGAUUUAUUGUCUUUUGUGAAAACUUAUAAAUUCAUAAAGCCGUAUAGUGACUUGGUUAACCAAAUCCGAAUUCUGCUUGUGGGUCCAAUCGGAGCUGGAAAGUCGAGCUUUGUCAACUCCGUGAAGUCUGUUUUCCGAGGUCACGUGACACACCAGGUUUUGGUUGGGUCUAAUACACAUGGAACAUCAGAGAUGUAUAGGACAUAUUCCAUUAAAGAUGGGAAAAAUGGUAAUACCCUACCAUUUAUCCUGUGUGACUCAGUGGGCCUGGGUGAAGAAGAAGAAGGGCUGUGCAUAGAUGAUGUAGUACCCAUCUUAAAAGGUCAUGUUCCUGACAGAUAUCAACUUCAUUCCAAACAACCAAUCACACCAAGCCAUGCUAAUUAUAUUCACAAUCCCUUACUGAAGGACAGAAUCCAUUGUGUGGCAUUUGUGCUUGAUGCCACUUCUGUUGAAUACCUCUGCCAUGAGGUGGUGACAAAAAUCAAAAGAAUUCGAAGGGAAGUGAUAAAAUGUGGUGUGGUAUAUGUGGCUUUGCUCACCAAUGUGGACAGAUUGGAUCUGAUCACCAAGGAUGACUUUAUGGACAUAUACAGAUGCAUGCCUGUGAAGCUCAAGUUAGAGGCCGUCCACAAGAAACUUGGAUUUGCUCUUCGUGACAUAUUGGCAGUUAGCAAUUAUACCUCAGAGUGGGAACUAGAUGUGGUUAAGGACUAUCUCAUCCUCUCUGUGCUGAAGCAAAUGCUUUGGGCUGCAAAUGACUUCUUAGAAGAUUUGCCUCUGUAGGAUACAAAUGGAGAAAACAGAUACCAGAGGAAAAUAUAAUCAAGUGUUUCAAAGAAGAAAACAUGUGAACUAAACAUGAUUAAGGAGUGAAACUGAGAAGUGAAAAAUAUUGAAAAAGAAAAGAUGCUGAAACCAAAUGGGUAUAUUUAACUCGUCUGGAAUGAAGAAUCUAUAUAUUAUCAUAGUACUAAUAAAUUACUAGGAAUAGUAGGACUUUAAAUCAGGUUGUUUAAAAUAAUUCUUUCAGAUUUAAGAUGUGUAAAAAAAAACAAUUGAGGGAGUCAGGAGGUAGCGCAGUGGGUUAAGCCCACGUGGCGAAAAGCGCAAGAACCUGUGUAAGGAUCCUGGUUUAAGCCCCUGGCUCCCCACCCGCAGGGGAGUCGCUUCCCAGGCAGUGAAGCAAAUCUACAGGUGUCUAUCUUUCUCUCCCCCUCUCUGUCUUCCUCUCUUCUUUCCAUUUCUUUCUGUCCUAUCUAGCAAUGACAACAUCAGUAACAACAACAAUCAUAACUACAACAAUAAAAAAGGCAGGAAAAAAGAGAAAAUAAAUAAAUAUAAAAAAAAAUUGAAGCAGUUUUUCUUAUCAGACUUAAGUUUAACUUGAGUGUGUAGAUAUGUGCAUGAUUUUAGAAAAGUUUCUGUUACUAUAAUUUUCAGAAUAUUCUUUUUUGCUCUUCAUUUUAAUUUUACUCUCUUGUGUUAUUUCCAAUAACACAAGAGAUUUUAAUCUCACUGAAUUCUCAGUUAAUGCUGUAUUCUUUGUCUUCAAGUGAUACUAUUUCCUUCCCUAUUUCCUUCCUCAAAAGUGUACUUUUUAAUAAUAAAGUUUCUGUGUAUAUGCUGAAAAAUAACUAAAGAAAUUUUUGUUUUAUAUAUGCACUAAUAUGUGGCAGUUGACACUGAGUUUCAUGACUAAAAUUAGAAAGCAGUAUUUUUUUAUUACUCUGUCAAUUGCAACUAUUUUAGUUACACUCCACCUGAAUUGCAUAAAUGAAUAGAAACGUGAACUAUCGAACUGGAUCAAGGAACUAAGCUAUAUAAAAGUAAACAUUGAAAUGGUUUCAGAAAGGAUUGAACCUAGAAUUGAAUUUAAAAAUAAAUUCAGGUUUCAGAAAGAAUUGAAUUUAAAAAAUAAUUCAAAAGCUAUCCUUUCUCCCCUCUCCCCACCCCAUGUUCCAUUCAGCAUACUGCUAUCAUUUUCUUGGCUUUUUAAAAAAAUAAAUCUUAAACUAUCUGCGUUCAAACCUCAAACAGUCAUUCAGUUUUCAGACCUCAGACAGUCUGAAAGAGAACUUUCCCCCCCUAGACUGUUGCGAAAUACUCAAAAGAGAACUUUAUUUGCUCUAACUUAAGUCACGUGCCUACCUCCAGGAACAAUCAUGUUAUUCAAAGGAACAAAGAAAUGUAACCAGUAUGGGCUGAGGAUAUAGCAUAAAGGUUGUGCAAAAAAAAUUUUUUUUAUUAUACUGACAAAAGAAAAAUAGGGAGGGAGAGAGAGAAAGGAAGAAAGAGGAGAAAGAAGGAAAAAAGAAAGACACUUGCAGUACUGCUCCAUAGCUUAUGCGACUCAGGGCUUACUCUCGGGCUCUUGAUCACAGACAUACACACACUCUGCUGGGUGCACCAGCGCCUGGCUCUGCCAAAAGACAUUCAUGAUCAAGGCAUUGAAUUUCUCACAAGUUGUGAAGCAGGGUUAAAGGUGUCUCUCUCUCUCCCUCUGUCUUUCUUUCUCCCCUCUCAAUUCCUGUCUGUCCCAUAAGGUAAAAAAAGGAAAGAAAUGAAAACAAAGACUGCAGGGAAACAGUGAGAGAGAGGUGGAUUCUUCAUGUAGGCAUUGAGCUCUAGUGAUAACUCUGGAGGGCAAAAAGAAAAGAUGUCAUUAUGUUGUUGCAGAGAGCAUUCCUUUCAAGUGUGAGGCCCCCAGUAUGGUCCUCUAUAGAACACAGAAAGAACUGAAGUGGACAAAUAAAACCUUGCUGUUGACUCAUAGUUGUUAGAAUACAACGGACAUUAUACUGAGUCUUUCUAUAGUCGCAUCUGCUUGGGUACAUGAAAGAAAAAUAUAUUGUUACUCAAGCUGUAAAUAUUGGGUUGGAAAAUUAAAUACUCUUAUAUUGAAACUACUGAUUUGGCAAUCCAAUAUGCUAUUAAGCAAAACAUAUCUACAGGGUAUCUAGUAGACUACACAUGUUACACUGUACAAGGACCCAGGUUCAGGCCCCCAGUCCCUACCUGCAAAGGGAAACUUCAUUCAUGAGCAGUGAGACUGACAAUGACCCCUUUACCUCCCUCUUUCGUCUCCUUUUCUCUCUGUCUCUCUCUUAAAUAAAUAAAUAAAUAAUAACAAAUAACAUAUAAUAAUAAAUAACAUAUAAAAGUAAGACUUAAUAAAAGAAUUUAAAGAGAAUUUCCAAAUUAUGACUUUAGGUAAGAUUUCUUGAAGGCAAAAAAGUGAUAAGAAGGUAGUAAGUUACCCUUACUACAUGAAGUUCUUGUGACUUCAAUUGGGUUCUAACAGGAAUAAACAUUUUAUAUUUUAACUUUGCUUAUUAUUUGUGUGUAACAAUUAUUGAGGAUAUAAUUAGAGAUUUUGAAGAACAGACAGCAAAUAAAUUCUGUCUCCUUGAUUAUGUUUUAUUUAAGUGUACAAUUAUUUCACUGUUAAGUAGAGAGAAAAAUGUUCUAAAGGAUCAUAUGGAACUAAAAAUUCUGUCAUUCGUACAGUAGAAGCUUGAUUAAAAGCUGGGAUAGAUUGUGAUAAUAAAAACAUGAAUGACACACCGA